AUGCCUAUGACUGACGAGGAUUUCCUGGCCAUGCUACAAAUUAUGUGCAUGAGCAUCGAAGAUCCUUCGCAGAUCGAGCUCCUCGAAGUUGAAGGGCCAGGCUUUCUCGAGAUGUUAGGGGCUUUCGAGAUGCUGAUCAGCUUCCUGCAAAUUAUGCAGCUCGGCUACGCCAACCGCGCGAAGAUCCUACAAGACACGGGUGCUGAUGAUGCUCGGAUUCAACGCGCCAAGGAUGCACCAACUGGCUUGCCCACUGAACCAUGGGAGUUACAUCAGUGGCAUCUAGUCAAGCAGCGUAUCUUCCCAUCGCUCGUUAUCGAAUUUGAAAAGCUUUCCCAUGUGGCUAAAUUCCUUUGCCUCAAACGUUUCGCCGCCAUGGCCAAGUUUGAGUUUCGCUCUGUAUUUCUGGGAGAUUUGGAGACCAGUAUUCUGGCUCAUCUUUUCUACAAGCUUACUUUGAUCAUGUUGAAGGAUGCAAUGGGAGAUGAUGUCAAUUUCAACAACCACCUUAUUGGAAGACUAUUGGCUGGCCAGAUUCAGGAGACUGAUCGGGGUGGCGAUAACUCCAUUCCUGUGUCUUCUUUCCCCGAGGCUUGCUUCAAGUUCUGGUGCAGCUUGCCUGCUAAUCUGGAUCACCCGGAAGAGGAGAUUGGCGAGCAGUGA